GAAAGGACACUAGAGAGAGAGAGAGCGCGGGGGGGUCCUCUCAAGUCUCAUCUGUUUACUUUCUCUCUCCUCUCAUUCGCAAAUCGCAAUGAAUGCCGUGCCCAAUGCAUACAGAGCUAGAUUAAUCAGCGCACACCGUGCUGAGAUCCCCGCCAUUAUUAUCUCCACGGAACUCUUCUUUUCUCGGAGGAACAUCACACCCUCUUCUCCACUUCGUCAGUAUUUACCGUUCGGCAGCCGGAGGGCAAAUGGCUGAUUCUCCGGCACGCCACGUCGUCCUCGUCUCUGCUGGGGCCAGCCAUUCCGUGGCUCUCCUAUCGGAUAAAGUUGUUUGUUCAUGGGGACGAGGUGAAGAUGGGCAACUUGGCCAUGGAGAUGCAGAAGAUAGUCUUCUUCCGACUCUUCUGCGGACAUUGGAUGGCUUGGAAAUAUUUUCGGUUAUUUGUGGAGCUGAUCAUACUACAGCAUAUUCUGAAUCUGAAUUGCAAGUUUAUAGUUGGGGAUGGGGUGACUUUGGGAGGUUGGGCCAUGGUAAUUCCAGUGAUGUUUUUACACCACAACCAAUCAAGGCAUUACAAGGCAUAAGGAUUAAACAGAUUGCCUGUGGUGAUAGCCAUUGCUUGGCUGUAACCAUGCAGGGAGUGGUUCAAAGUUGGGGGAGGAACCAAAAUGGCCAGCUUGGUCUUGGCACCAAUGAAGAUUCUCUUAUACCACAGAAAAUUCAAGCUUUUCAGGGAAUUUCUGUUAAAAUGGUUGCUGCGGGUGCUGAACACUCUGCUGCUGUAACAGAAGAUGGCGGUCUUUUUGGAUGGGGUUGGGGUCGGUAUGGAAAUUUGGGCUUUGGUGACAGAAAUGACCGUUUAGUGCCUGAAAAAGUUUGUGCUGAUGAUGGACAGCGGAUGGCACUCGUUGCAUGUGGGUGGCGCCACACUAUAACAGUUUCCUCCUCAGGGGCUCUAUAUACCUACGGAUGGAGCAAGUAUGGUCAACUAGGGCAUGGGGACUUUGAAGACCAUCUCAUUCCGCAUAAAUUGGAAGCUCUUAAAGAUUGUACAAUAUCUCAGAUAUCAGGCGGGUGGAGACAUACAAUGGCUCUCACAUCUGAUGGAAGGUUAUACGGCUGGGGAUGGAAUAAGUUUGGACAACUUGGCGUUGGUGAUAAUGUUGAUCACUGCUCUCCAGUUCAAGUAAAAUUCCCUCAGGACCAGAAGGUUAUCCAGACGUCUUGUGGAUGGAGGCAUACUCUUGCUUUGACAGAGAGUAAAAAUGUGUUUUCAUGGGGCAGAGGUACUAAUGGUCAGCUUGGACAUGGGGAUACUCUUGACAGGAAUACACCAAAGAUCAUUGAGGUUUUGAGCUCCGAUGGUUCAAGCUGCAGCCAGAUACCAUCCUCUAGAGCAGAUCCACUACAAGGAAAGGUCUGGGUUUCACCAUCUGAAAGAUAUGCGCUUGUUCCUGAUGAGGCGGUUCCAAAUCAGGCAACAAGCUUAGCGGAAGCAGAUGUACCAGAGAAUGACGUUAAGCGGCUGCGCCAUUAGUCAGUAUGUACUCUUUAUCUUUGUUUUAAAAAAAAAAAGAAGAAAAUUAGUGUAUUAGCUGAUGUUAAGAAGAUGUUUGUGGUUUUCUCGAGUCUUGCUGUCUGAUUGCCAGUUGAAGUUUGUUUUACUCUUUCUUUUUGACAGUAUGUGAUGAUAUUUAAAACUAUAAAACUUAUUUGAUU